AUGCCUGCUGAGCUACUUCUGGGGCAUAGUCCUCCAGUGUACAGCUCGCUUCUGUACAGUCCCUUGGUAGCACCGACGAUUGCCAGCAGAUCGGUGCCACCUAGAAUAAGGCCAUGCUUGUCAUCUGGUUCCUUGGCCAUAGAUAGCAUUCGCAACAGCAACGAUGGCGGUAGUAAUAAGCAGAAGAAGAGGGUAGUGUUUGCCGAUGAUCGUGGCCGUCCUCUUACUCAGGUUCGAGUGAUGUCGGAGCCCAGCAACGUACCUCCUCUGUGGAGUACCACUUACCUGGCUGGACUAACUGGACGAUUUUUAAAUUCGAAAAUUGAGAAUGAUCAAUUUACAGAACUCGUGUCACCUUGGCAAGUAACUUUCCCCCAGCCAGCUAGCGAUUACCUCGCCUUUCGCCAGAAACUUGAUCAGGAGAAUGUCAGCCUGGAAAACGUGAUAGUGAAAGAAACAGAUCAGUGUCUAGUGGGUACCAUCAAGGUACGUAAUCUGGCGUAUGACAAGGAAGUCGUGGUCAGGGCGAGCAAUGACUCCUGGAAGACACACGAGGACGUUCAUUGCACCUACGUCGAACAACCUGGUUCGCCCGCGCUGAUCUUAUACGACACUUUCCGCUUUCGAUUAACUCUACCGUUAAAAUCGAAUAUGAUAGAAUUCUGUGUACGAUAUCGUACUGAUGGAAAGGAAUACUGGGACAACAACGAUGGAAAGAACUUCAUCGUCCGCAAAAAAUUGGAGGCUAUUAGAGAGUACAUAGCUCGUAUCACAACUAGACCAUAG